AUGGACUGGGAUACCCUGUGUUUCAAUGCCGCGACCUUUGUCGCUGGAGUAUUUGUGCUUGAUUACGGUGCCGACAAAUUCAUUGAUCAUACAGUCAUCGUGGGCCGGUGUUUAGGCAUCUCCCAAACACUAAUUGCAUUGUUGACAGCUGGUGCGGAAUAUGAAGAGCUCGCGGUGGUAAUUGCUGCCGUGCUUCAGCACCGAGCUCCCCUUGCUCUGGGCAAUGUGAUAGGAUCGACCAUCUCCAACAUCCUCGGUGCUUUCUCCCUAGGCCUCCUGUUUCACUCUGGCCGUAUUGAUUAUGACCAGAGCGCAAAGUUCUAUACUGCUUUGCUCUUUCUCGUCACUACGGCUUUCGUUGGCCUUGCAUACUUCGGGCUACUGAACAGACUAGUCGGUGGCGUGCUAGUGGCUGUCUUCGUGCUCUAUAUAGUCUCAAUAGCUUAUGCCAUCUAUAGAGGAGUCGCUACGCCUCCAGAGGUGUCGGAUUCCGACAGCGAUGACGACUCCAGUAGUGAUGAAGAGGGACCAUCAAGAGGAGCCGGCGAUUCUGAACAAGGACCACUCGCCGCAUCAGAGACUUCUCCCCUUCUGACAGACAGAGGGACCACUCUUCCGACUGCUGUUGACCGCGAGAAACGCGCUCCUCGCUUCCUCAUCUAUCAUAUCUGUCAACUCGUCAUCGGACUGCUAUCGCUCUCGAUUUCCGGCUAUAUUCUAUCUCACAGCGCAGCUGCAAUCGCCGACGCUCUUCAUCUCUCGGGGACAGUCAUCGGUCUUACAGUGGUGUCCUUUGCCACCACCUUGCCGGAAAAACUGGUCGCAGUUCUGGGCGGCUCUCGUGGGCACAGUGGGAUUGUGCUAGCCAGCACGGCAGGAAGCAACAUCUUCCUCCUCACGCUGUGUGUUGGCAUUAUUUCUCUUUCUGGAAUACCGGAGAAUCACACCGACAGUCUUGUACUGUUUGAACUGGCUAUUACCUGGCUGUCAUCUGCAAUGCUCUGCUUGGUCGUCUUCCUAGGUCUGGGCCGUGUGGCUGGGAUCGCAAUGAUAGCAGUGAAGUGGUAUCAUUGGCAGACGGCCAAGACCUCAGCCUGUCAGCCUUCGCAUUUUUCACGCAGAACAGCUGAUCUUGUGAGAGCUGAAUUGGGUACCAGGGACAUGUCUGGUGCGAUUUUUGGGAUACAAAGUGAUGACAAUGCCAGCCUAUUUGGGAUUUUAAUCAUCACUAGUUCUUGA